CGCAUGCGCCCGGCGCCCUGCCCGGGCUGGGUCUGGCUGAGGGAAGAUGGCGGCGGCUGGGGCUCGGCGCCGCCGGGUUGAGUCUGACGUGGGGGCGGCCGCUCUGGCCGGGGUAUGAGCCGCCGGGCCCCGCCCCAGCGCCCGCGUCUCGCUGCUCCCGGCUCGGCCAGGCCUCGCCAUGGCCCGGCUGGCGGAUUACUUCGUGCUGGUGGGCUACGAGCUGGACAAGCGCGGGAGCAGGGAUGGCCAGGGACAGAUACUCCAGCGCUUCCCGGAGAAGGACUGGGAGGAUAACCCCUUCCCACAGGGCAUUGAACUGUUUUGUCAGCCGAGCGGUUGGCAGCUCUUCACCGAGCGGAAUCCCCCCUCCUUCUUCGUUGCUGUGCUGACGGACAUCAGCUCCGAGCGGCAUUACUGCGCCUGCUUCACUUUCUGGGAGGCUGUCGAGAGUGCCCAGUCUCAGAGCCACUCAAGGAAUGGUGAGGAGGAGGAAGAGGAGUCGUCAUCCCUCGUCCAGCCUGCGCAGCUCUUUGCCCCGAAGAGUUUGGUGCUAGUGUCACGACUGGACCAUACUGAGGUUUUCCGGAACAGCCUGGGUUUGAUUUACACCAUCUACGUGGACGGGCUGAGUGCAUCGCUGGAGAACGUCAUUGGAAACCUCUUGACAUGCACCAUCCCCAUUACAGGGGGAGCUCAGCCUGACGUGGAGGACGAAAGAGCGCGGACGAUCUCUCUAGGGGCAGGCGACAGGCAGGUGAUCCAGACGCCCAUCAAUGACUCUCUCCCCGUCAGCAGCUGCAGCGUAGCAGUGCUCUUCCGGCAGCUCGGGAUCACCAACGUGCUGUGUCUCUUCUGUGCUGCACUCACCGAACACAAGAUCCUGUUUCUCUCCAGCAGUUACCAGAGACUCACAGAUGCCUGCCGGGCCCUGCUUGCUCUCAUGUUCCCCCUCAAGUACAGUUUCACGUACGUGCCCAUCUUACCUGCACAGCUCCUUGAGGUGCUCAGCACUCCCACACCCUUCAUCAUUGGAGUCAGCUCCAUCUUCCACUCGGAGACGCAGGAACUGUUGGAUGUCGUCAUAGCAGAUCUGGAUGGUGGGACGGUGACCAUCCCAGAGUGCAUUCACAUCUCCCUGCUGCCUGAGCCAUUGCUCCAUCAGACACGAGAAGCCCUCUCCAUGAUCUUGGACCCUGAGCUGGAGAUAGCAGACUUAGCAUUCCCCCCAUCAACCGUCUCUGCCCCCUCCCUCAAAAUGCAGGACAAGGAGAUCCGAGCUGUCUUCCUCCGCUUGUUUGCACAGUUGCUGCAGGGCUACCGCUGGUGCCUGCACAUCAUCCGCAUCCACCCAGAGCCAGUCAUCCGCUUCCACAAGGCAGCCUUCCUCGGUCAGAGGGGGCUGGUGGAGGAUGACUUCCUCACCAAGGUCCUGGAGGGCAUGGCGUUCGCUGGCUUUGUGACCGAGAGGGGUGCCCCAUACCGAGCAAUUGACCUGUUUGAUGAGCUGGUCGCCCAUGAAGUGAAGCGGAUGCGUGCCGAGGAGGGGAACAAGCAGAAAAUACUGCGGCACAUCAAGGAGCUGGCAGAGCAGCUCUAUAAAAACGAGAACCCAUACCCCGCAGUGACGAUGCACAAGGUGCAGAAGCCCACAGAAGGCUGCUACCUGCGUCUACACCAGAGGCCUUUUCCCCGCUUGGACGAGGGGACAGUCCAGUGGAUCAUCGACCAGGCCACUGCCAAGCUGCAGACAGCCCCGCCGGCUGUGAAGGCGGAGAAGAAGUGUAUGGUGCCAUCGGGACCCCCCAUUGCUGCCAUCAUGGAGCGCAAUGGCAGCGCUCUGGCCAACAGUGCCCGCCGCCUGGAGGUGGUCAGGAACUGCAUCUCCUACGUCUUCGAGAACAAGAUGCUAGAAGCCAAAAAGCUGCUUCCAGCUGUGCUAAGGGCCAUGAAGGGCCGAGCAGCCAGACACUGCCUGACUCAGGAGUUGAACCUGCAUGUGCAGCAGAACAGGGCUGUACUGGACCACCAACAAUUUGACUUCAUUGUCCGCGUGAUGAACUGCUGUUUACAGGACUGCACUGCCAUGGAUGAGCAUGGGAUCGCAGCAGCACUUUUGCCACUAGUCACUGCUUUCUGCCGAAAACUGAGCCCGGGCAUCACGCAGUUUGCCUACAGCUGUGUGCAGGAACACGUCGUGUGGACCAACAUCCAGUUCUGGGAGGCCAUGUUCUACUGCGACGUGCAGAACCACAUCCGAGCCCUGUACCUGGAGAGCAAUGAGGAGAAUCACGUGGAUGAGGAGGGGCCUCAGGAAGAGAAAUCUGCCCUGGAGAUUGCGUCGGAGCAGCGGAGGCUGUGGCCUACCAUGAGCCGGGAGAAGCAGCAGGAGCUGAUCCAGAAGGAGGAGAGCACGGUCUUCAGCCAGGCCAUCCACUACGCCAACCGCAUGAGCUACCUGCUGCUGCCCCUCGACACCAGCAAGAACCGGCUGCUGCGCAGCUCGGGGCUAGGCGACGUGGAGAGCGUCAGCAACAGCUUCGUCACCAACAGCAUUGCCGGCAGCGUGGCCGAAAGCUACGACACGGAAAGCGGGUUUGAGGAUGCCGAGAGCUCCGACGUGGCCAACUACGUGGUACGCUUCAUCAACCGCUUCGUGGACAAGGUGUGCACGGAGAGCGGCGUCACCAACGAGCACCUGAAGGGGCUGCACAUCAUGAUCCCUGACAUCGUGCAGAUGCACAUAGAGACACUGGAUGCUGUGCACAGGGAGAGCAAGAGGCUCCCUCCUAUUCAGAAGCCCAAGCUGCUGCGCCCCAGCCUGCUGGUGGGUGAGGAGUGUGUCAUGGAAGGGCUCCGCGUGUACCUCAUGCCUGACGGACGUGAAGAAGCUGCCGGAGGGAAUAUUGGGGGCCCCCCACUGCUCCCCGCCGAAGGAGCCAUCUUCCUCACCACUUACCGCAUCGUUUUCAAGGGCACCCCCACGGACCCGCUGGUGGGGGAGCAGGUGGUGGUCCGGUCCUUCCCCAUUGCCUCCUUGACCAAAGAGAAGAAGAUCAACGUCCAGGCCCAGGCCGAUCAGUUCAUCCAGAAAGAGAAGAAGAUCAACGUCCCAGCCCAGGUGGAUCAGUUCAUCCAGGAGGUGCUGCAGCUGCGCUCAUGCACGUUCCAGUUGCUGCGGAUCGCCUUUGACGAGGAGGUGGCUUCAGAGAGCGCCGAGGUCUUCAGGAAGCACCUGCACAAGCUGCGCUAUCCCCAGCACGUACGCGGCACCUUCGCCUUCACCGUGGGCCAGUCACCCAAGCAAGCCAUGCAGCCCAAGGCCAAGGAGAAAAACCCCUCACUCAGCUCCCAGCAGGUGACCGAUAUGUUCCAGGGCCUGGCAGUGGGUGUCAUAUCCCUCGGGCACCUUGGCCAUUCAUCCACGACGCUUUCCAAGAACCUGAUGAAGAAUGCCAAGAAGACCAUUGGCCGACAGUACGUGACCCGCAAGAAGUACACGCCACCCACCUGGGAGCAGCGCAGCAGUCAGCACUUCCAGGAGGAUGACGAGGAUGAGAUCUCAGUGUCUGAAGAGAUAGACAGGAGCACCCUGACCCCCACCACCAUCAUCAAACCUUCAGACAAGAUGACGAUGAGCCACCUAGUCGAGCGAGCCUGCUGCCGUGACUACCAACGGAUGGGGCUGGGCACGCUGAGUAAUAGCCUCACCCGUUCCAAGAACGAGCCCUUCCGCAUCUCCACGGUGAACCGCAUGUACGCCGUCUGCCGGAGUUACCCGGGGCUGCUGAUCGUCCCGCAGAGCAUCCAGGACAACACCAUCCAGAGGAUCUCGCGCUGCUACCGCCAGAACCGCUUCCCUGUCAUCUGCUGGAGGAACUCCCGCACCAAGGCCGUGCUGCUGAGAUCGGGGGGGCUGCACGGCAAGGGUGUUGUGGGCCUCUUCAAGUCGCAGAACGCCCCUACUGCAGGCCAGUCGCAAACGGACUCCACCAGCCUGGAGCAGGAGAAAUACCUGCAGGCAGUGAUCAACUCCAUGCCGCACUACGCUGACGCCAGCGGGCGCAAUACACUCAGCGGCUUCACCUCUGCGCACAUGAGCAGUGCGGAUUCUUCCGACAAGAGGCAGCCCAAGCUGGGAUCGCUCAUGAAGCAGGUGAUGGGAGGGAAGGACGAUGGGCCAGGCACUAUUAGCCGAGGAGCGCUAGGUCCCAGAGCUAGGGUGGUCACUCUGUCCACCCCCAAGGGCGCAUCGGCGAAGGGCCGUGAAAGUCCCCGAGGGAAGUGGGGCAGCAUCCGGGCCAGCGGGCGCAUGAGCAACUAUGUCUUGAACAUGGAAAUCGGGUCCCGCCUGGCUGGGAAGGACCUGCUGAGCGCUCAGCACAAUGGGGCCCCCUCUGAGGCCAGCUUCUUGCGCCAGCACCGGGCCUCUCUCUACAUCAUUGGGGACAAGUCGCAGCUGAAGGGAGUGAAGCCAGACCCGCUGCAGCACUGGGAGGUGGUGCCCAUCGAGGUGUUUGACGUGCGGCAGGUGAAGGCCAGCUUCAAGAAGCUGAUGAAGGCCUGCGUGCCCGGCAGCCCCUCCACAGACCCCAGCCUCGCCUACCUGCGGACCUUGGAGGAGUCCGAAUGGCUGUCCCAGAUCCACAAGAUCCUGCAGAUCUCGGUGCUGGUGGUGGAGCUGCUGGAUACAGGUUCCUCCGUGCUGGUCAGUUUGGAAGAUGGCUGGGAUAUCACCACGCAGGUGGUGUCCCUGGUGCAGCUGCUGUCUGACCCCUACUACCGGACGAUGGAGGGCUUCCGGCUCCUCGUCGAGAAGGAGUGGCUGUCCUUCGGGCACCGCUUCAGCCACCGCGGAGCCCAGACCCUCGCUGGGCAGAGCAGCGGCUUCGCUCCUGUCUUCCUGCAGUUCCUGGACUGUGUCCAUCAGAUCCACCUCCAGUUCCCCAUGGAGUUUGAGUUCACCCAGUACUAUCUGAAGUUCCUCAGCUACCACUACGUCUCCAAUCGGUUCCGCACCUUCCUGCUGGACUCGGACUACGAGCGGAUCGAGCUGGGCCUCCUGUAUGAAGAGAAGGGCGAGCGGAAGAGCCAGCAGGUCUACAAGUCCAUCUGGGAUUACAUCGACCGGCUGAACAAGAAAACCCCUGUCUUCUUCAACUAUAUGUACGCCCCCGAGGAUGGUGAGGUGCUGAGGCCCUACAGUAACAUCUCCAACCUGAAGGUGUGGGACUACUACACCCAGGAGGUCCUGUCCGAGGGCCCCUCCUACGACUGGGAGCUGGUGCAGGGGCAGCCAGAGCACGUGGAGGAGGUGGAUCGGCAGGACUCCAGUGCCCCGCAGACCAAGCGCAAAAUCAUCUGGCCGUGCUACGACAACCGCAGCCGAGUGGAGCCCGACGCCAUCUCCAAGCUGCUGGAGGAGCUGCACAACCUGGAGGCGGAGCUGGGCCAGGUGCCGGAGCGCUGGAAGGACACGUGGGACAAGGUCAAAGCCUCCCAACGCACAGAGGCCCGGCAGGAGGCCAGCAGGAUGGCGUCCAGUUCCCUGCUGAUGUCCUCCAGCCUGUUGCCCCACCGGCGCUCGCUGGGGGUCUACCUGCAGGAGAGCAGCGUGGGCUCCACCCUCAACCUCAGCCUGGACAGCGACACCAGCAGCACCUCCACCCCGUCCAGCGGGAAGCAGGGGGGCCCCAAGAGCACGAGCAACCUCUACAGCCAGUUCCAGAUGUCAGAGAGCGAGAACAGGUCGUACGAGGGGACGCUCUACAAGAAAGGAGCCUUCAUGAAGCCCUGGAAGCCCCGCUGGUUCGUGCUGGAUAAAACCAAACAUCAGCUGCGGUACUAUGACAACCGGAUGGACACAGAGUGCAAAGGGGUCAUUGACCUGGCAGAAGUGGAGUCCAUCACCCCCGGCACCCCCACCAUGGGGGCCCCCAAGACAGUGGAGGAGAAGGCCUUCUUCGACCUGAAGACGACGAAACGAGUUUACAAUUUCUGUGCCCAGGACGUGCAGCUGGCCCAGCAGUGGAUCGACCGCAUCCAGAGCUGCUUGUCGGACGCGUGAGCCUGGCUCAGCAGCAGCCCCCGUUCCAGGCACGGAGUCCCCCGGGCCCCGGCGCAUGAAGCAGAGGCAAUGCCCAGGGUUAGCACCUGAGCUGGCCCAGGCCUGACUGAUUGAGGAGGAGGAGGCUGGAGGCCUUACUCUCCCCCACUGCCAGGGGCACAUCAUACUGGAAAGCCCCAGGCCCCCUGCGUGCUCAGGACAGAAGCAGGGGUCAGGGCAGGAUCAGUCUGUUACACUAUGGUAGGAACUGUCAGGCUAGGGGCAGUGGGGAUCCAGUCUUACAACCCCACUAAGCCUGUCUGAGCCACAUAAUUACUGGCUCCCACCCCCGGCAGGACAUGGACCUGGGGUCCCGGCUCCCACCCCCACCAGGACACGGGCCUGGGGUCCCUGGCUGGGCAGCGCAGCUCUCCCCCCUGGCAGGACAAGGGCUGGGGUCCCUGGCUGGGCAGCGCAGCUCCCACCCCUGGCAGGACACGGGCCUGGGGUCCCUGGCUGGGCAGCGCAGCUCCCACCCCUGGCAGGACACGGGCCUGGG